UGAGCUCAGACGCACCUGGAGGAGCGCGUGUAGGCGGAAAAGCUUAAUAGGGACCGCCCCAUCGAUGCCUCUCCCCUCUGGCAAUGCCCUUCUGCACGCCCUUCUGCUUGCGCCAUAAUGCUCAUCUUGCAAGGUGUGGUGCUCCUCUGUUGGCUGCUUAGCCGGAUGACUGUCUUCUCCGACCCGCGGCAGCGCACUCCCGCAUUUGGAUGCCGGUAUCUCGUCCCUGACAGCAGACAGCGGAGGAAAGGACGCAGCCUCGACGCAGCGCGAACGUCAGCGACUUGCGGAGGGUCCUUCUCCAGCAGCCCGGCUCGGCUUGCAGACGCGCCGCGGCCCGUCGUUUCAACCGUGCGGCAGCCUCAGACAACACAGCAGUCUCUGAACAAUGAUCUGGUUGUUGCGGUCGAGGGUCUGAGGAGGACAGCCAAGAGUCUCGACGCCACGGAGCUGGCCGCUGCCAUCGAGCGGCUCGGGCUGCUCUGUCGGGAAGCGGACACCGACGCGCCGAUUGAUGGUCUGCAUCUCGAGUUGGCCCCUGUGUCCGUGCGGCUGUGGGAGGUGGUCUAUGAGGAGUCUCAGCGGCUUCCGCACGGCAGCAACGGGUCGCCCGUCCGGACAGCGGAGCGGCUGAGGCGGCUGCUCAAGGCCGUGAAGGAUGGCGAGAUGGUGCGGGAUGACACGCUCUUGUCGAUGGGGAGAGGGUCACUGGGCGAUGGGGAUGCGGAUGUGGGCGAUGACCACCUCACUGCACAGGUGAGAUGAGUGAGUGACAUCAGCGAGCAGAGAGGAGCAGGGCAGACACAGCAUUAAUGUGGUGUUCUUCGAUGAAUGCUCAGGUUAAUGAUGACGAGACAAUCGCCAUCCGCCGACGGUUCUCGCGUGCGCCGACAACCAACGAUCUUCUCGACGAGGCCGUGGCGGCCUGUCCCCUCCUCACAUCGCGGAGCAUCGUGGCCUUCUUCAUACGACUCAUGAAGAUCUAUCCCAGGGAGAAAAGGAAACGGACAGCAAGGGAGAGGAAAGCGCCACACCUCAACGGCUACCACCGUGACACCACCAGCAGCAAUGAUGACGUGUGGGAAACGGGCUUGCUCAACGAUCGCCGUUUUCAGCUCGUGCGGCUCAAGCUGUGGCAGCUGCUCAUGGAGGACGCCGUCAUUCACAGACGCCCUCCAGCCCCUCUUGCAAAUGGCUACAGAAAUGGCCAUGGCAAGAGCCACCCCCCAGCCCCCUCCCUCCCCACUCUCAUCUCAACGACCGUCUCAAUCGCCCCCCACCAGCGCACAGCCGACACAUGGCAGCACAAGGGCCGUGCCAUGCUGGCAGAGCAGCGCAGGCGGCAUCUGGGCAAGCCAUCGUCCUGGCGAGUGGGCCAUCUGCUGCAGCACAAGCAGGAAGAGGAAGAGAGGCGGCGAAGGGAGGGCGUCAAGACGGUCAACGGGACGUUUGCUGCCCGUGACGUCGCCAUGUGUGCGUGGAGCCUGGCACGGCUGCACGCGAUGGAGAGGUCGUCAGAGGAGGCGAAAGAGGGCGACCAGCUGCUGCUGCAGGCAGCUGGGACCUAUGUCAUUGGACCACGCAUCGAGUAGGCGGACAAAUGCCCAUGCACAGCUGGUAACUCUUCAUCCCUGUUACUGGUGUGUCGCAGUGGUUACUGUGCGGCCGACCUGUCCCAGCUGUCAUGGGCAUACGGCAACCUCAAAGUCGCCUCUCCCCGGUUCUUCCGCUGCGUGGUGGAUCGCAUGCUGGCCCUCCGGAGCGGUCGGCCGUUCGACGACGCAGCGGCCUCGCCCCCAGACUUCAGCCCCACGUGCAUGACGGCCUUCCUCUGCGGCCUCCUCUACGCUUUCAUGGCGCUGCCCAGGCGGUCCCUGCCGUCACAACUCGCACACCAAACGCGGAAGCUGAUCGAUGCCUUCAUGGCACAGGUGCGCCAUGCCCACACAAACACGUGUGCCUUGGUCGGCUGGGACACUCGCUCAUCGAGUGGUGUAUUGUCGUGUUGCUCAGGCGUCGCGUCAGCUGCCUGCUUUCUCUGCCCGCGAGCUCGCCAACUUUACUUGGGCUCUCGAGGGGCUGACGGUCAUCAAGGAUGAGGCGGGCAAGAAUCUGCUGCAGAGGGGAGAGCAGGACGCGCGAGCCCGGUUCUUCACAGCCGUGACGCACGAAUUUUUCCAUCGGGUCAGUGUCGGUGGUGGAGAGGGGAGCGAUGGCGGUCAGGCGUUUUCGCGGACGGACCUUGCUCAGCUCUUUGGGGCACUCACCGCUGCACCAAUCGACGAGCAUCUGCUGAAGGAGGUAGUAUGACAGACGGACAACAGCGCACCAAUCCUGAGUGAUUCUCUUCUGUGUGCGUUGUGCUGCAGCUGGCAGAGGAGAUGGGUCAUCAGCUGGACCGUCUAGCUGACGAGAGACCGUCCUCACCACGAGCGGCGUCGCCCUCUGGCAUCGCGUCCCCACCUGCCCCUGCCACCCCACCCUGUGCCCCUCCAUCGAUUUUUCCCCAAGCUGUAGACCACGCCCCAAUGCUGAACGGCAACCAGCACCGAGGGCGUGCCCCGCGCCAUGUGGUGAAAGGGACGAGUGAUCUGAGAGAUCGGGUCAUUAGGCUGGGGGCAGGCAGGGGACUGGUGGUGGCCAACGGGUACUCGGGAAGCUAGCCAAUACGUGCAUGUGUUUGUGAGGGUGCGCUUGCACUAAGUGCAGUGGAGUGAUCAAGUGGUCAAUAGCGAUUUUUCGCCCUAAUGCAUGCUUCAUCCAUGGUAGACGGUCAGGAAAUGUAGUCAAGAAGAGAGGAGCCUGCCUGCCUGCCUGCCUGUGUAUAUCCAUCCGUGGAAAGGCAGGCCUGUCAGCAACAGUGAGCGCACCAUUUCUUCGUGUGUAUCCACGUCUCAGUCACAUUUGUAUGGUUCACGGUUGUGUGCAUGCACAUGGAUUUUGGCUGCAUUCAUGGCGUUUUUGCCGUACCAAUGGAUAGAUGCUUUCAUCUACGGCUGCAUUCAUGUAUAAGCGAU